UGAAGAUGAAUCCGCUCACCACAUAUAAGCAUUUGCAAACACUCCACACCUCAUUUGACAUUCAUCUGAUCUCCGCCUAAGUAUUUACCAUUUUACGAUGCAGUCAGCUGGUUUUCUUCUGUUGUGCGUGCCACUCAUUAGUCUACUCUGUGAAUCGAUAAUGUCACUGCCUACAGGUAAAACCCCUACACAAGAAUUCCCAGAGUCAGUCACUGCGAGAAGCUGCAGAGAACUUUUGAAGAAAUACGGACAGAAAAAAGACGGCUUGUACUAUUUGCGCUCUAAAGACAAUGAGGUUUACCAAACAUACUGCGACAUGAGCACAAGUGGUGGAGGCUGGACGCUGGUGGCCAGUGUGCAUGAGAACAACAUCCAUGGCUCGUGCACUGUUGGUGACCGCUGGACAAGUCAGCAAGGCAGCAGUUCAUAUCAUCCUGCGGGAGACGAAUCAUGGUCUAACAAAGUCCUGUUUGGAACAGCAGAAGCUGCAACAAAUGACGACUACAAGAACCCCGGAUAUUAUGACAUCAAAGGAAAAGACAUUGCUGUGUGGCAUGUUCACAAUGAUAACGAACUUGAGUUCUGGAAAGUUGCUUCGGUUUUGCGCUACCACACUAAUAGCAACUUUCUGACACCUUUCGGAGGAAACCUUUACCACUUUUUCAAGAAAUACCAUUUACAAUAUGGCGUAGGUACAUGCAAUGAUCGAGGAAUAUCUGUUCCUAUUGUUUAUGACAUCGGCAGCGAUAUGAGGAUUAAAGAACUGUAUGGAGAAUCUGUUAGAAGUGAUUUUGACACUGGAUAUGUGACGUUCAGAGUUUUCAACAAUUACCAAGAAUCAUAUGCAAUGUGUUCUGGGGUCAGACCAAAAGGAUGUUAUGCAGAAUAUUAUUGCAUUGGUGGUGGUGGCUACUUUCCAAACACAUUCUGUAGUGAUUUUGCCUACUUGGGUGCGAAUAAUGGUGCCACAAAUGGAUACGGUGCAUCUAAAGAGAUCAUAAAUGCGGCUGUAUUUAUUUUCUACCGCUAAAAUGCAUAAAAAAGGCGGGAAAUGUCAUGAAAUACAGCAACAACUGUAUUUCUUCUUGCAACAUAAUCAGAAUUCAGCAUUUAUAGACACACACACACACACACACACACACACACACACACACGCAUAUACACAGCUUAAUUUUUUCUUCAAUGCGGUGGUUUUGUGCAUUACCCCGCUGCUGUGAAAAUCACCUUAAAGGAUUAAGCAAGUACAUAAGAUCAAAAAACGAUCCUUUUAGAAAAAAGUAUUGAUAAAAUGCAACUAAUAAAGUGUGAUUUGCAUCAUCUCACUUAAUGCAGUUCUUCUUUCGCUGCAUAUCUCACUUUAUGUAAUUCUUCUUUUGCUUUAAGAAUUUUCAAUGAUAAUAAACACUCACCGGCCACUUUAUUAGGUACACCUUUUAGUAUCGCGUUGGACCCACUUUUGCCUUCAGAACUGCCUUAAUCCUUCGUGGCAUAGAUUUAACAAGGUACCGGAACCGUUCCUUAGAGGUUUUGAUCCAUAUUGACGUGAUAGCAUCAUGCAGUUGCUGCAGAUUUUGUCCAAUUUUGGUGAGCCUGUGUGAAUUGUAGUCUCAGUUUCCUGUUCUUAGCUGACAGGAGUUGCACCCGGUGUGGUCUUUUGCUGCUGUAGCUCAUCUGCCUCAAGGUUGGUUGUGUUGUGCAUUCAGAGAUGCUCUUCUGCAUACCUCGGUUGUAACGAAUUAUGUCUAUAUGCCUAAACGCAUUGAGUUGGUCAAGUGUACCUAAUAAAGUGGCCGGUAAAUGUUUUUGGUUAAUUAAUGAGAAAAUAAAUGAAUAAAAAAAGCAACAUUCUUGAAAGAAUAAGUCUUUGAGAUUUAAGCAUUUAUAAUUAUUUAAUGUUCAGGCACAAAAAAGCCAAUAAGCGUGAUUAUACUUUUAUUCUUUUGCUUAAACAACUGCAGCGUGUGAAGUACAUGAUACACGAUGAUGGUUUCACAUGUUCUCUUUUUUUUCCAAUAAAGGCUCCAAUAAAC